GAAAGAUUUGUAGCCAACGUUUGAUCUGCAAUGUUAAUGAGCAGGAAUGUUUGAACAGAAAAUUGGUGUUCUGCUGCUUCUGUCAUUGUUCUGUUUCUCUCCCAACAAAGGUCAGCAGCCACAGAAGAAAACUUACACCUUUCAUGAAGAAAGCUUGAUCAGAACACUGCUGGGUAACUACGUCAAAGAGGCUCGGCCAGUUACAAACCCAAAUGAAGCUGUGUCUGUUUCUGUCAAGUUUUCAUUUGUCAGGAUUGAAGAUCUGGAUGAAGCCUCAGAUACAUUUUCAUCUUCAGUCUUCAUUGUUCAGAUGUGGAAUGAUCCUAGAUUGAAAUGGAACAGUUCAGAGUUUGGUGGAGUUCGUUCUGUUCGCCUCCCUGCCAGCAAGCUUUGGACUCCAGAUCUGGUUUUGUAUAAUGUGGCAGCCAAGACCCCACCCCAGUCCCUGUACGAGGAGACCGUGACUGUAACAGCAGAUGGGGGCAUUGUGUUUGUGCCCAUGUUGACCCUGUACAGUACCUGUCCCAUGGACCUGCAGGACUUUCCUUAUGAUGUCCAGACCUGUAGCAUGGUCUUUGGUUCCUGGAUGCACACUAGUUGGGAGAUGAAUGUCACGUUUCUAUCUAAGAAGACAGAAAUGGAUGUGAUGCUGAAUGAAGAAGAUUCAUCAUACCUUGUACACCAGCAUCCACAAUGGGAACUUGUGGACAACAAGGCUCAUGCUAAGCUCUCAUUUAAAAAAUAUGAAUGCUGCCCACAACCUUUCACCCUCAUCACAAUCACUGUGCAGCUGCGUCGACGCCCCCAGUUUUAUAGGUACCUGACCAUUGGACCUGCUGCUGUCAUGGGCCUCUUGGUGCCAGUUAUAUACUUGGUCCCCAACCCAAGACAUGAUAAAAGUAUUUUUGGGUUGCUUCUGUUGCUAAGCCUGACUAUUUUGAUGAGUAUUUUACAACAAGCUAUCCCAUUUAACCACGGAACACUGCCUAAAAUUUGUUCCUUCUACCUGGGCACAAUGAUCUUGACCUGCAUGAGCAUCAUCACAUCCGUGGUUGUGGCCAACAUCAGUGUCAGGGGAGCCAGAAGGAAACCUGUGCCAGCUUGGAUACAUGCGAUAUUUCUUGGCAGACGGAGUUUGCGCCGAGUCCUCUGUAUAGGUGACUACAGCCCAAUAGGAAAUCUCUACAGCGCUGACCUUCAGAUGUCUGGCGUCCAGGACUUGGAAGGUGUGAGUGAGCACAUGUUGCAUGCACACGAGGACGGAGGCAAGCUCAUGUCUCAGAUCAACGCAAACAUCAAGUACAUUGUCGGCAAGAUGAUUGCUGAAGUUUCUUAUGAAAAUAUCAACCAGGAGUGGGAGGAGCUUGGCAGAGUCAUUGACAGAUGUCUGUUUUUAGCAUUUUUCACUCUGUAUGUGUUUACUGCAUCUUCACUGUUAUAGCUGUAACUAGCCAGGUAAAAGUAGGUCGUGUGUAUUGCCUUCAAUGUAAAUAUUUUCAUCGCAAGCCUUAAGACUGCUGCACAUUUAUAUGCUGAGGAGUUUUACCUUUAAUAAAAAUGUGAAUUUUGAGCACUUUCUCACAUCAUUAGACUUUUGAUGUGGACAAUAUUUUUCACCUCAUUUAUAAGACAUUGUUAGUAAAUGUGCAGUUAUUUUU